UGGCGGCGCAGUCGCGGUGCAGACGACCGACGGGCGGGCCCUUCGCGGUUUGAAUGGCUGCGGGCCCGGGGCCUCAGCUCACCUGAGGACCUGCCGCUCAGGGGUGCGCGAUGCCGUCGGGAGGCGACCAGUCGCCGCCGCCCCCGCCUCCUCCUCCGGCGGCGGCAGCCUCGGAUGAGGAGGAGGAAGACGACGGCGAGGCGGAGGACGCCGCGCAGCCGACCCGCUCGCCGGCCCUUCAAACCCUGCAGCGGUUCGAAGAGCUGUGCAGCCGCCUAAACAUGGACGAGGCGGCGCGGGCCGAGGCCUGGGACAGCUACCGGACCAUGAGCGAGAGCUACACGCUGGAGGGAAAUGAUCUUCACUGGUUAGCAUGUGCCUUAUAUGUGGCUUGCAGAAAGUCGGUGCCAACUGUAAGCAAAGGGACGGUUGAAGGAAACUAUGUAUCUUUAACUAGAAUCCUACGAUGUUCGGAGCAGAGCUUAAUUGAGUUUUUUAACAAGAUGAAGAAGUGGGAGGACAUGGCGAAUCUCCCCCCACAUUUCAGAGAGCGUACCGAGAGGCUAGAAAGAAACUUCACGGUGUCAGCGGUAAUCUUUAAGAAAUAUGAGCCCAUUUUUCAGGACAUUUUUAAAUAUCCUCAAGAGGAACAGCCCCGUCAACAGAGAGGAAGAAAGCAGCGGCGACAGCCCUGUACCGUGUCCGAAGUUUUCCAUUUUUGUUGGGUGCUUUUUAUAUAUGCAAAAGGUAAUUUCCCCAUGAUUAGUGAUGAUUUGGUCAAUUCUUAUCAUCUUCUGCUUUGUGCUUUGGACUUGGUUUAUGGAAAUGCCCUUCAGUGUUCCAACCGUAAAGAACUUGUGAACCCUAAUUUUAAAGGCCUAUCUGAAGAUUUUCAUGCUAAGGAUUCUAAACCUUCCUCAGACCCACCUUGUGUCAUUGAGAAACUCUGUUCCUUACAUGAUGGCCUCGUUUUGGAAGCAAAGGGAAUAAAGGAACAUUUCUGGAAGCCCUAUGUCAGGAAACUCUAUGAAAAAAAGCUCCUUAAGGGAAAAGAAGAAACUCUUACAGGGUUUUUAGAACCUGGGAACUUUGCAGAGAGUUUUAAAGCCAUCAAUAAGGCCUACGAGGAGUAUGUUUUAUCUGUUGGGAAUUUAGAUGAAAGGAUAUUUCUUGGAGAGGAUGCUGAAGAGGAAAUUGGGACUCUGUCACGGUGUGUGAACACCGGUUCGGGAGCCGAGGCUGCUGACAGGGCACAGAUGAAAGCCAUCCUGCAGCAGCAUUUCGACAAGUCUAAAGCACUCAGGAUCUCCACACCACUGACUGCUGUGAGGUACGUUAAGGACAACAGCCCUUGUGUGACCCCCGUUUCUACAGCAACACACAGCUUGAGCCGUCUUCACACCAUGCUAACAGGCCUCAAGAAUGCGCCAAGUGAGAAGCUGGAACAGAUUCUAAGGGCAUGUUCCAGAGAUCCAACACAGGCGAUUGCCAACAGAUUGAAAGAAAUGUAUGAAAUAUAUUCUCAGCGUUCCCAGCCAGAUGAGGAUUUCAGUAAUUCAGCUAAAGAAAUUGCCAGCAAACAUUUUCGUUUUGCAGAGAUGCUCUACUAUAAAGUAUUAGAAUCAGUUAUUGAACAGGAACAGAAAAGACUGGGAGAUAUGGACUUAUCUGGCAUUCUGGAGCAAGAUGCAUUCCAUAGAUCACUUUUGGCAUGCUGCCUUGAAGUCGUCACUUUUUCUUAUAAGCCUCCCGGGAAUUUUCUAUUCAUUACUGAAAUAUUUGAUGUGCCACUUUAUCAUUUUUAUAAGGUGAUAGAAGUAUUCAUCCGAGCGGAGGACGGUCUCUGUAGAGAGGUGGUGAAACACCUUAAUCAGAUUGAAGAACAGAUCUUGGAUCAUUUGGCAUGGAAACCAGAGUCUCCACUCUGGGACAGAAUUAGAGACAAUGAGAACAGAGUUCCGACCUGUGAAGAGGUUAUGCCUCCUCAGAACCUGGAAAGAGCAGAUGAUCUUUGUAUCACUGGCUCGCCUUUGACUCCCAGAAGGGUGAGUGAAGUUCGUGCUGAUCCUGGAGGACUUGGAAGAAGUAAGUUAAAAUACCAGGGAGGAACAUUUGGGAGCCUCUUAUCUGGGAAUUGAAAUUCUAUAAAACUA